ACAGACUGAAGUGAGGUGGGGAUGAGAAAUCAUCAUUUGGUUAGCCUGCAGCUACUUCCCAUAGCCGAAUGCUGAAGUGUAAUGAGCUUAGUACCCUAAAUAAGUAGAUUCUUUUUAUUUUGGUAGGUGCAACGAUGACCCAUUGACAUCAAGAAUGGACAUAAGUUAACAAUGACGGGGGAGAAAAAGAAGAAGAAGCGGCUGAACCGCAGCAUUCUUCUUGCAAAGAAAAUUAUAAUAAAAGAUGGAGGAAGUCCUCAGGGAAUUGGUGAGCCCAGUGUUUACCAUGCUGUGGUGGUCAUCUUCCUGGAGUUUUUUGCAUGGGGUCUCCUCACCACACCAAUGCUCACGGUUUUACACCAGACAUUCCCCCAGCACACAUUCCUGAUGAAUGGACUCAUUCAUGGUGUGAAGGGCUUAUUAUCAUUUCUGAGCGCUCCUUUGAUCGGAGCAUUGUCAGACGUAUGGGGACGCAAGUCCUUCCUGCUGCUAACGGUCUUCUUCACAUGUGCGCCCAUUCCACUGAUGAAGAUCAGCCCAUGGUGGUACUUUGCAGUCAUUUCCAUGUCUGGGGUGUUUGCCGUCACUUUCUCUGUAAUCUUUGCAUAUGUGGCGGACAUCACACAGGAGCAUGAGAGGAGCACAGCAUAUGGUUUGGUAUCUGCCACCUUCGCGGCCAGCCUGGUUACCAGUCCGGCCAUUGGGGCCUACCUUUCUGUGGCCUAUGGCGACACCCUGGUGGUGAUAUUGGCCACAGCAAUCGCCCUUCUCGACAUCUGCUUCAUCCUGGUGGCCGUACCAGAAUCGCUGCCAGAGAAAAUGAGGCCGGCGUCUUGGGGAGCACCUAUCUCCUGGGAACAGGCAGACCCCUUUGCUUCUCUGCGUAAAGUGGGCCAGGACUCCACAGUGCUCCUCAUCUGUAUCACAGUGUUUCUCUCCUACCUCCCUGAGGCUGGACAGUACUCCAGCUUCUUCCUCUAUCUCAGACAGGUCAUAGGCUUCUCCUCAGAGACGGUUGCUGCCUUUAUUGCAGUUGUGGGGAUCCUCUCAAUAUUAGCUCAGACGGUGGUUUUGGGUAUCCUGAUGCGCUCCAUAGGGAAUAAAAACACAAUCCUGCUUGGCCUUGGCUUCCAGAUCCUGCAGCUUGCCUGGUAUGGCUUUGGUUCUCAGCCAUGGAUGAUGUGGGCAGCGGGAGCUGUUGCAGCCAUGUCGAGCAUCACGUUCCCAGCCAUCAGCGCCAUCGUGUCCCGCAACGCAGACCCUGACCAGCAAGGUGUUGUCCAGGGGAUGAUUACUGGGAUCCGGGGGCUCUGUAACGGCCUGGGCCCCGCUCUUUACGGCUUUGUCUUCUACCUGUUCCACGUGGAGCUAAGCGACACGGACGGCUCAGAGAAAGGUGCCAAACCCAACAUGGCUAACCCCACUGACGAGAGUGCCAUCAUCCCCGGUCCUCCCUUCCUCUUUGGUGCAUGCUCAGUGCUGCUGUCUCUGCUCGUGGCCCUGUUCAUCCCCGAGCACACGGGGCCCGGCAUGAGGCCCGGAGCCUACAAGAAGCACAGCAACGGAGCACAGAGUCACUCCCACAGCCCCCAGGGCAGUGGGGCCGAGGGCAAAGAGCCACUGCUGGAGGACAGCAGUGUAUAACCUCUGCUGAGGGGGGGCGACUCCCUCGCUCCGCCCCCAGAGGCCCCUCCACACACGGACAGACACACAUUUUACCACAUGGACGCUGAUGCUCCUCAGGAACACAUCAGAAUAAAGAGCCGCCAGUCGGAGUCUGUGACCAUGUGUCGGUGUCCACAGCACAAAAGUGGGCGCCCCCUCCCCGGCAGCCCUCUCCUAAACGCGGGGUUUGUGAGGACUCUCUUAACAACCCCGUAUGAAGAGGCUGCUUUGAAUCUUUUUUUCAGGUUGGAGUUCAGAGGUGUGUGAGUGUGACCUGGCUCAGCUGGACUCCAGUCUCUGGUUUCUCUGAAGCUGUAACAGAGUGGAAAAUGUAACAGCCCCCCCACCUGCUCCUGCUGCUUAACAGGACCGAGGCGAUUUUGGUUAAGAGUGCAAAUGGAGUUUAUCUCAAAUGUUACUAAAUACCUGUGUGAGUGUUGAUACUGCUCUUAAGUUAGUCAAGUGGCAACUCUGUGAAACCGGAGUGUGACAAAGGGUUAGGUGAGCACCUUUGUAAUGCUCUUUCAUGAGCCAGCUUCUGGUAAAUCAUCCCGAAGGGGUCACGGCUCAUCUGUGCACACAACAGGAAGGCUCAGUAACUGUAAGGGGAGAGUCGGACGGCGCUGCCUAAUCCCAGUUUGGAUGGUCAACCAGUUCAGAACUCGGACCGCUUUGGUAGGACCACACUUUGUCCGAAUAUCACACUUCUUUCAGAGAGAAGUGCACAAAAGAGACCACUUUAUUAGCUGAACUGUUUCUCAAUGUUUACUUGCCAAACUCUAGAUUCAUAGUACAGUUUGGGUUGUAUAUUUUUCUCUGUUAAAACUGAAGGCUAGUUGUGCUUCAAGUUUUUAUUCAAGAAACAAAUGUUGCCUUGAAGUGACUUAAGAUAAACAUACAGAGACGUUCCGCAACCUGAAUGAAGACCGUGGUCUGAGAAGGCUCUGUAAUCUUACGCUAUUGCUCCCAUCGGAGCGGCUUGACACUUUUUAUUCCUUUGUAUUCAUGCCCUUCCCGUUACUUAGUUCCCUGACAUUUAUCACCAUCAGGGUUAAGGCUUACAGAACCACAGUUUUUAUUUGAAAAGCCUCUGGACCAUUUGGAGCUGGAGCUUCAUUAUCAGCAUGUCAGUGCGGCCACUGACUGUUAACAGCCAGUCUUUGAAUGAAUAUCAUUAGGUUUAUAGAGAGCAUCAGUCAUGUGGCGUCAGUGGGAAAAGUCAAAGGUUAAACGGGCCGUGGCGCGGUAAAUCAGGCGGUAAAGGUUUCUACAACGGUUUCACAUAAUUCCAAAUACUGAAGCUGCCAUACAGUUUAAAAAAAGAGACACUGCUUAUUUUAAGAUGUAGCCUCUAACGACUCGUGGUCGACAGUCCUGUGGCCGAAAACGAUUUUCAUCCCGAUUCCCAUCGAAGCGGCAGAUGUCAUCGUGGCCGAACGAUUCUUUAAAGGCAGAGGUCCGGCUCCUGGCUGGACCUCUGCCCCUGUACCCGCAGCAGCCUGCAGGAGCCAGCGGCGGGUGUUAAACCCGCUGCAGCACCGGCUCAGCUAAAGCAAUGUUGAUGUCACCAACCGGCAAGAAAGGGUUUUUUCUGUUGUUGUUUUUGUUUGUUUUUUUUUUCUUAAUGGUCUUUUAUUUUCAACAAAUGCAGAAAUACGAGCUGAGACUGAAAUCAUCCAGAGAACUGUGAACAUAUUUUUCUCUGUCAGAGGAAAAGUCACGGUUCAGAGACAGACGUGUGUCCAGGAGAGAGUCUCUGACUAAAUGUCCCUGACUGCGUAGAGGCUAAAGUGAAUCCUCAAAAAUAAAAAAGGACCCACACACACCCCUUAACUCUGUGAUCAUCUAAGGUCAUCGGUCUUUUGCAUUUGUUCACAAACCGUUUGUAACCGCAGAAAUCUGCCACUGAUCAGUAAAUUUCUAAAUGCUUCAACUAGAAUUGGUGAGUCUCACUCUGUUUGACAUCUCUGAGCUGAAAUGUGUCACAAAUUUUGUGCCAAAAUAGUUUGUUCUAUUUUUUUCUUUUCUUUUUUUUUUUCAUGUACAUUGUGUGCGAGUGUUGUGGAUGUUACUUUGGCUGUCAUGUUUUCACUUUUCUUACUUUUUUCGUCAGAGAAUCAUAAUGUAAAUUUUUUUUCAGACUUUUUAACAAUUAAAACUUUUUAAGGAUUCUUUUCAACAUUAAUCUGAAGAUGUUAGAUGAGAAUUCUCUUUCUUUUCAGUCUUCAUUUUAACAACAAGCAUUUCAAGUUUUUCUGUUUUUUGUUGUAUCUGUUUUAUUUUCAUUUUUUCAAGCUUUUUUUUUCUUUUCUUCCCGGAUUUAUCUCUGAAUGUUCCGAGAGAAGAGGAACACGUUGACCAUCAAUAUUCGCAACACUGACUCUACCUAUCAUAGUUUUUUAGUCUUCUAGAGGGGUUGUUGCUCAACAAGAGGCCAUCAAAUCAUUUCUGUUCAGUGUUAAUUCUCCUUUCAUUUCUGCCUCAUUGUUUGAAAACUGAAGUAAAAAAACACACAUUCAGAUUUGCUGUAAUUGGUUCGAUUCUGCACCAGCCCCACGUGCACUCAUACAGCCUCCAAGCAGACGACUGUAAAUGUCUGAAACCCCUCUGUACGUACAGCAAAUGUAUAUAUUUAUUGCUCAAGGAGAUGGCCGCCUCUUGGUCUCUUUGGUUGUAUGGUGCAGUUAUUCUAUAUUUCUCAAGACUUACCUGCUAGCCACUCUUGUUUUUAGUAUGAUGUGGUUUGUGGCCUGAACCCCUUCUCUGUGUGCCUAAAAUUAGCCAAGAAAUGAGUAUGGCAACGUAAGUAAAUGGUGGUUAUUAUGUAAAUAUGGGAAACUAAUGAACUAUUUAUUAAAGGUUUAUUGUACA